CAUAAUCUGGAUUAUCAUGCAGCGCGGCCAUGCUUUUCAUAAUCAGUUGGGUGAGCUGUGAUUCUCGGCAGCGUAUGACACAUCUGGAUGAAGGCAGUCGGUUAAAGGGAGAUGGAACAAGCAGCAGACAGAUCGGCGGGUAUAGCCACAUUUCCAUGCACAAAAUAAUUUUUCAGCUCUGUAGGUGGUGGAUGUCUAAUGUGUUUUGCAGAAACAUGCCACGCUGAUGACACACAAAAGCCACAUUGGGAGAAUUACACAGAAAAUAUCUUUGAACUUCCUUCGCCACCCAGCUCAGGGUUACAUAAGGAACUCUUUAAACGGCUUGAGAAACCCUCUGCCUCUGGGUUUUCAUGGCCGACAGUAAGCUCUCCAGGGGAUGACUCUGCAAGACACUGUCGCUUUUUCCUCUGGGAGAUGACAUGCAGAAUAUUCCUUCAGUCAGUGCCUUGGCUGUGCGAUGUGAAGUCAAGAAAUGGCAGAGGGUGGAAGAAAUGGGGAAAAAGAAAGCCAGGACAAAGGAAGAAGAGGUGGAGGAACUCUCCAGGAGCCCCACAUCCCGGCUCCUGGUCUUUCUCCAGUUGGCACCUCCUCCAUUGGGAACAAGAGACACCUCCCUCGAGGGAUUGUGAUCCAGCUGACUGGGACAGAAGGAGAGUGGGACAGUCUUGAUGAAAGUGAACUAAUUUUCGCUCUUGAUCGCGAUGAGGACUACCCUUCGAUAUCACUCUCCAAGGAGAGGAUGCUUUCUGAUGAAGAUGACAGACACUCCCAGUCCCAAGCCUUCCACGUCCCACUUUCUCCCUCAUCGCCUGGCUCCUUGGGAAACUGCUGCACUCUUGGCCCAAGCUUCUUGUCCCCGGGCCCGUCUUCCCCCAGUCAUAGACCCCUUGCAAGUCUGGUUAAGUCCCUCUCCACAGAACUGGAACCAAAAGAAGGUUCGACCCUUAGACCCAGGCCCCUUCUUAGCCUCGUAAAGUCAAUCUCGACAGAGAUUUCCCGCUCAGAACCUGAGGUAUCACAGUCCAAAUCUGACUCCCGCCUCAACCUCCACUUGUGGAAGCAGCUUACCCAAUCAAAAACCCGCAGCAAUGGCGACUCCCGUACUGCUCCCCCUUCUCCUUGCUCACUAUCCCCAAGUGGUGAGGGUUCAAAAGGUGGGUUCUUCAAAAUGGAGCUAGAGGACACCAAGAGGAAACUCUCGGAGGCGGUGCAGGAGCCUCUGAGCAGCAUGUUCAGCAAAAUCAGGAGAGAGGAGAGCACAGGAAGCCCCAAACACCAGGCGAAGACUCAGGGGAGCUCCAGAGGUUUGGGACGAGAAAGUAGCACAGACACGGUACUUUCUGAAUCUCCUGUGAGGAACCCUAGAAAACCCGAAGCUGAUGUGUUGCCUGUGUUUGACUGGCCCUCUGUUAAAUCUCCAGGGAGAAGGUCUCGUAGCUCGUGCCCCUUGCAUCCCAACAGGCAAAGUCACCGAGACGUGGAACUGGAAAUAUGUACUGAUGGUGAUACGAUGCAAGUAUUAGCUCUUGAGACUGACAGGAAAGUUAAGAAACUACCUGCCCCACUGAUUAGGACUUCUACCCUUUCUCAACCCCCUCAUCCUCUACCCCGCAUGAGUUUGUUCUGCGUGGCGGUGCUGUCCUACGGAUAUUUCAUCCUACCUCUCAGUCCGUACUUCUCUGGCCUUGCUCUGGGAUUAGCAUUGGGCUUUUUGUUAGGAUUGAUGCUCAUCAGAAUGGGAUCCUCCAGGUCCUGCUGCAGAUCAGAUUCAUCUUACAGACCCGGGCAGACUUUGUUCGGAGAGGGAACUCUAACAGGAGGUACUGUCAUCUCUGGACCUGACGCCCUCAAGGGCUGGAUGAAUGAGAUACAAGAUUAUGACCCAGAAACAUGCCACCCAGCUAUGACUCACUCUGUGUUAGCCACCCUGGAGGGCUCCUGUCUCCGUCUGGACUCCCCGCGCAACAACAUUAGCCGCAGGGCCACGUACGAUGAGAGAGUCCAGGAGGCCACCUUCAUCAAGUCACGCUCCUUUCAGCUUGCAAAGAGCAAAGUAUUCCUGCUGCCAUCUGUGCUGGCUCGAAAGAGGGUGUGGAACCCAAAGUACCCCAUCUGCAUCCAACUGGCAGGGGGAGCGAACUCCCAGGAGGGUGAGGGAGGAAGGUCAGAAGAGAGUCGAGGAAAGGAGCCCGGAGCCGAACCAUCAAGUCCACAGCAAACUUCCUCCAAACAGAACCAUGAACUCACCACCACUCUGUACCUCUUCGGCCGUACGGGACGAGAGAAAGAAGAGUGGUUUCAUCACUUCCUGUUAGCGUCCAUGGAUACAGAGAGGGAACACGAGAGGGACAGACAGAGGCCUGGCAGAUGUGUGUCCAGAUCGGGUGACCCUGCACCAGCACAGAGUGUUAGCACUUCAGCUAAUGUCCCCAGCAGCAGAGGCCCCAGCAGAGUGGGCAGCAACGACGAUGACACCCCGUCCUCACCUCCAGUCCUCUCCAACCCUCCUGUUCUUAGUCAGACCUCCAGCAGCACCAGGGGCCUUUCACUGCUGGACUACCCCAGCUAUAUGGCUCGUCUCCUGGCUACAGAGGAGUUGACCCCCCUCUCAAGCGCUGGAGUCAGCAGCACAGAGACAAGCCCCACCUUAAAAGGACACUGUACCUGUGAUCUAUCAGAGUACCCAGAGACAAGCCAGACCGCUUGGGUGAACGCUUUAAUUGGCCGAAUCUUCUGGGAUUUCCUGCGAGAGAGGCACUGGGCUGACGUGGUGUCCCAUAAGAUCCAGAAGAAGCUGAGCAAAAUCAAACUGCCUUAUUUCAUGAAUGAGCUGAAGCUCACUGAGCUGGACAUGGGCUGCUCUGUGCCGGAAAUGACAUCUACCUCCAGACCAGAGGUCAACCACAGAGGCCUGUGGGUGGAGCUGCAACUGGUCUACACUGGCGCCCUGCAGAUGACCCUGCAGACUAAGUUUAACCUGUCCAAGCUUGGAAAAGAUGGCAGGCUGGAGGCAGACUGUACGACUGACAGUGGUAGCUCACGGCCAAUCUUCAGCGUGUUGGCCGACAGUGAUGAGGAGUCCUCCAGUGCUGGUUCAUCAGAUGAGGAAGAGCUGCUUCUCUCCGAGCCUCAGGGACCGGUAGGAGAGAAGGGACCUGCACCAGCUACUGAUGGCACAGGGGGUGGAAAGACGGGAAGGAGGAUUUUAAGAUUUGUGGACAAAAUCGCUAAAUCCAAGUAUUUCCAGAAGGCAGCGGAGAAUGAGUUCAUUAAGAAGAAGUUUGAGGAGAUGUCCAACACACCCCUGCUGCUCACAGUGGAGGUGCAGGAGCUGUCGGGGACUCUUGUCGUCAACAUCCCACCACCUCCUACUGACAGGAUAUGGUACAGCUUCUGUGUGCCGCCCAAGCUGGAUCUGCAUGUUCGCCCAAAACUGGGGGAGAGGGAGGUGACUUUCUGUCAUGUGACUGAGUGGAUUGAAAAGAAACUACAGGAUGAGUUCCAGAAAGUGUUUGUUCUGCCAAACAUGGACGACAUCUACUUGCCCCUGAUGCAUGCUGGGAUGGAAGGCCCCCAGGCAUCACAGGGUGCAUCCUCCCAUUCUCAGAGGUCCCAGAGCUCAUCCACUGAGUCCAUCGAGAGGAUCCCACUUGAGGUCUCUGGGGCGGAGUCUGACUAGUGCCUCGCUGAUUGAACACAUUUUAUAUUCACAGACCGAAAGGGAGGCAGAGCCUCUCUGGACCGAAGCAAGUGGACUCUUUUUUUAGCCCUUGUAUUAAUAUCGGAACCAGUGCUGUAGAUGUGAUGGAAAGUCAAGGAUUUGAUUCCAGAUUGAGGAUGUAAGAGGCUUACUGUACAAACAACUAUAAGUGAAACCUUUUGCUAAUGUUUACAUGUGAAUGACCCAUAUCAUGAGCAUAAUGCUGCUCUGAUGUUUACAGCUUAGUGUCACUUUGAAUAAAAGAUGGAUACAAAUCAAUAAAAGUUGAAAAAGUCA